AUGCGUCUUCAAGUGCAGAUUGGAGCUGAAUCCAUCACAAUCUCCUGUACCGAUGAUGAGACGAUUCACCAGGUUGCCAGUCGUACUAUUCAAAAAAUGCGUCGUUUACGCUCGUCCUUAGUCAGGAAAGAUGGGGCAUACGAAGAAGUUCGAAGAACUAUUGGGAACUCGCUUCUCGAUCCUGAAGAUUUGGCUUCUGAUGUACUAAAGGAUGGAGACUACAUUAUGCUCAAUAUCAACGAGGAUGAUACUGAAGAAGCUAAGGAAGAACGCCGUCAAGAAGAAUUAGCAGAAAACAAGAAGCAAUUGGAAAGUUUGGGCAAGAAAAAGACGAUCUCAUUUAAUCUUCCUGAAGAAGAUGGUUUCUUAGGAAAACCAACAAGACUUCUCGUCUUGGACGGUAAUAGCUUGACACCAGAAGAUCUUGUGAAUUGUGAGAAAGGAGAAUGUCUAAUUCAAUUGUCCUUAGACGCCGAGGAAAGAAUCAGAAAGGGCAGAGCUUUCCUCGAGAAAAUAGCAUCUGAACACAAAGUCGUUUAUGGGGUCACAACUGGUUUUGGCACAUUUUCCAAUGUGAAAAUUGAAUCAUCCCAAAUAAGGAAACUUCAGCUCAACUUGAUUCGAUCGCAUGCUGCCGGAUAUGGCCAGCCAUUGAGUCCCAACAAAGCGAGAAUGUUACUUGCCUUGAGAAUCAACGUAUUGGCUAAAGGACACAGUGGUAUCAGUUUCGAAAACAUUAAGAAAAUGAUAGCCGCAUUUAACGCUUUCUGUGUAUCAUGGGUUCCACAACAGGGAACCGUCGGCUGCUCUGGAGAUUUGGCUCCUCUAGCUCACUUAGCCUUAGGGUUACUCGGAGAAGGAAAGAUGUGGAGUCCAGCAACUGGAUGGGACGAUGCUGCGAUAGUACUGAAAAAAAAUAACUUGGAGCCAUUAGAUUUGGGACCAAAAGAAGGACUUGCCCUUAUCAAUGGAACACAGAUGGUCACUGCGCUCGGAGCAUUCACUGUUGAGAGAGCUUAUAACAUUGCAAAACAGGCUGAUGUCAUUGCAGCAUUAUCCUUGGAAGUCUUGAAGGGAACGACUAGAGCAUUUGAUCCUGACAUUCAUCGCAUUCGUCCACACAAAGGUCAAAAUUUGUCAGCUCUCCGUUUACGAUCUCUUUUACACUCAGACGCUAAUCCUUCACAAAUAGCAGAAUCACAUCAUAACUGUGGAAAAGUACAAGAUGCUUACACACUACGAUGUGUUCCUCAAGUUCAUGGCAUCGUUCACGAGACCAUUGAAUUCGCUUACAAUGUUCUACUCACCGAAAUGAAUUCGGCAACGGACAACCCAUUAGUUUUCGCUGAUCGGGAAGAGAUCAUAUCAGGAGGAAAUUUCCACGGAGAGUAUCCAGCUAAAGUUCUGGAUUACCUAGCCAUUGCUGUCAAUGAGCUAGCUCAAAUGAGCGAGCGUCGUUUGGAACGCUUAGUGAACAAAGAGCUUAGUGGUUUACCAACUUUCCUCACUCCUGAUGGUGGUUUAAACUCUGGAUUCAUGAUUGUGCAGUGCUGUGCUGCUAGUUUAGUAUCUGAGAACAAAGUACUUUGUCAUCCAUCAUCCGCCGAUAGUAUUCCCACUUCCUGCAACCAAGAAGAUCAUGUCAGUAUGGGAGGUUUUGCUGCUCGUAAAGCACUUACCGUUGUAGAACAUGUAGAAGCAGUUCUUGCAAUGGAGUUGCUUGCAGCCUGUCAAGGUAUAGAGUUUCUGAAGCCAUUAGUAUCAACGGCCCCCCUGAAUAAGGUUUACGAGCUUGUUCGAUCGGUUAGUCCAGCUAUCACUGAAGACCGUUUUAUGCAACCUGAAGUUGACGCAGUUCUGCAAUUAGUGAGAGAAAAUAAGAUUUGGGAUGUUGUUUCUCCUUAUUUGGAGACCUUAGAAGCUAUGGAAGCAUUGGAUCCCGAUGCUCUUCGUGUCGAUGCUAAGACUCCAACUGGAAUAGUAAUGGCUGAUAGAAUUGAAAUGCCAGAUCGUUCAAGUGGUGACGAAUCCUAA